CUGAGCUCGAUUUAGGACAAUUACUUUUUCGUCUUCACCCACAAUACCGGCGCAUACUUCAAGGAUCCCAAUCGAGGUCUAUUCGAUCCAUUGGAUUCACGGCUGGUCUGCUGUAUUCCUUCAAAAUGAGGCCAUUGGCAGUUGCAUCUGCGGUGUUGUCCUUCGCGUCCAUAGCUUUCUCGGCCCAGGGAAACCUCACCAAACCAUUCACUUCACGACUGAUACUACCAGCGGAAUUCACUCCUCCGCAAAAUUUCAAGAAUGUCAAUCUUGUACAUAUCAUCAAUUUGGAGAAGAGCUAUCCAAAGGAGUCAAUCAAUGUGUUGAUUGAGAAUGUUGCCAGCGAACCUCAAGAUGAAUACUAUCUGCCGUUCACCUCGCGGCAGAUGGAGACAAUCGGAGCUUUGGAAGUGAAGGACAGGAAAGAUCCAGAUGGAGGCUUCUUCGAUGUGGAAGCAGUUGAAUAUGAUCCUAAUAGUGAUACCCAAUUCUACCGCAUUCGUCUACCUGCACCUCUCGCUCCAAAAGCUCAACAAACCCUUGGAAUUACCUACUCCUAUCUUUCCGCCCUGAGCCCUCUUCCAGCGGCAGUUGCCCAAAAGGACAAGCAGUACUUGGUCUACACAUUCUCAGCAUACGCUCCUGCAGCCUAUGUCACAUUGAAGCAGAAGACCGAAGUCAAGUUCCCAUCCGCAAAUAUCCCAGAAUAUACCAUUGUCCAAGCAGCCAAGGGAGAGGCCGAGUCACCACAAAAGCAGGGCUCGAAGUUCACCUAUGGAUCAUUUGCCGAAGUCCCAGCCGGAGCUGUCGAGCCAGUAACGGUUCGAUACGAGUUCACGAAGCCAUUGAUCCAUAUUUCCCGCCUGGAGAGAGACAUUGAAGUUAGCCACUGGGGAGGAAAUGCUGCAUUUGAGGAGAGAUACACCAUGCACAACCGUGCUGCGAACCUCACCAAGCAAUUCUCUCGUGUGGAGUGGGCCCAGCAGGCACACUACAACCCAUCAACAACCGCAAUCAAGGAGCUCAAGUUCCCACUGAAGGUCGGCAGCUUGACCCCAUACUUCACCGAUGUCAUCGGCAACGUCUCCACCUCCCGAUUCCGCAGCAACAAGCGCGAAGCGAACCUCGAAAUCAAGCCCAGAUACCCAAUCUUCGGAGGAUGGAACUACCCAUUCCGCGUAGGAUGGGACGCAGACCUCAAGAAGUUCUUGCGUAAGCUCAAGAACGGAGAUGGAUACGUCUUGAACGUUCCGUUCUUGGAGGGACCAAAGCAGGCAGAGGGUAUGGCAUACGAGCACAUUGAGCUGCGCGUGAUCCUCCCAGAAGGAGCCGAAAACGUCCAGUACAGCACCACUGUCCCUCUCGUCAGCGCAGAUAUCUCUCUCCACAGAACCUUUAUGGAUACCACUGGCCGCACCGCUCUAACCCUGACAGCUAUCAACAUUGUCGACGAUCUCCGUGAUCGCGAAUUGAUUGUUACCUAUGACUACCCACUUCUCGCCGGACUGAGGAAACCACUGGUCAUUUUCUGGAGCUUUGUAAGCCUGUUCUUUGCUGCGUGGGCGAUUGGUAAUCUGGACGUGAGCAUUCGUGCGAAGAAAUAAAUAUCGGGUGAUGGAUAGAUAUGUAUAGCUAUGUAGAAAUAAAAGGUUGAUUUCUUGCUAUG